UUCUUCACUUCAAACACAAACUAUUUUGUUCAUCUUCAACUUAAAACAUAAUGUCUACCAAAGCUGGUCAAGUCAUUCGUUGCAAGGCUGCUGUGGCAUGGGAGGCUGGGAAGCCACUGGUUAUUGAAGAAGUGGAUGUGGCACCGCCACAGAAAAAUGAAGUUCGAUUGAAGAUCCUCUUCACCUCUUUAUGCCACACUGAUGUUUACUUCUGGGAAGCCAAGGGACAAACACCAGUGUUUCCUCGCAUUUUUGGUCAUGAAGCUGGAGGAAUUGUGGAGAGUGUAGGGGAAGGAGUUACUGAUCUGCAACCAGGAGACCAUGUCCUUCCUGUGUUCACUGGAGAGUGCGGGGAGUGUCAUCACUGUCACUCAGAGGAAAGCAACAUGUGUGACCUCCUUAGAAUCAAUACUGACAGGGGUGUUAUGAUUAAUGAUGGUCAGUCAAGGUUUUCUAUCAAUGGGAAGCCCAUAUACCAUUUUGUAGGGACUUCCACAUUCAGUGAAUACACUGUUGUCCAUGUUGGUUGUGUCGCCAAGAUCAACCCUGCUGCUCCUCUUGACAAAGUUUGCAUACUUAGUUGUGGAAUAUCCACAGGUCUUGGUGCUACUUUGAAUGUUGCAAAACCCAAAAAGGGCCAAUCUGUUGCUGUUUUUGGACUGGGUGCUGUUGGUCUUGCCGCUGUUGAAGGGGCAAGGAUAGCCGGAGCUUCAAGGAUCAUUGGUGUUGAUUUGAACCCCAGCAGAUUCACGGAAGCUAAGAAGUUUGGUUGUACUGAGUUUGUGAAUCCAAAAGAUUAUGACAAACCUGUUCAACAGGUUAUUGCUGACAUGACUGGUGGCGGGGUUGAUAGGAGUCUUGAAUGUACUGGAAGCAUCCAGGCCAUGAUCUCGGCAUUUGAAUGCGUCCAUGAUGGUUGGGGUGUUGCUGUGCUUGUUGGUGUCCCAAACAAAGAUGAUGAAUUCAAAACUCAUCCAAUGAAUCUGCUUAACGAGAGGACUCUAAAGGGUACCUUCUUCGGCAACUACAAACCUCGCACUGAUCUUCCUAGAGUCGUGGAACAAUACAUGAACAAGGAGUUGGAUUUGCAACUUGAGAAAUUUAUCACUCACUCCAUACCUUUCUCAGAGAUUAAUAAGGCAUUUGACUACAUGCUCAAAGGAGAUAGCCUGAGGUGCAUCAUUCGCAUGGAGGAUUAAAUUUCUAUUGAGUAAUAUCUAUCUGGAGGUCUAAGUUUUCUAUCUCUGACAACUAUCAGAGUAUGAGUGUACUUACAGAAUUUUCUAAGCUAUUGCAAAGAUAAUUAUG